UCCUUUUUUUCUUCUCUAGGUUCCUGUUGCAUGUAAAUCCUGUCCCUGUGGUUAUGUAUUUAUUAAUAGGAAACUUCUAAAAAUAAAACACUCAGAGAAAUCAUCACCUUUUACAGGUUCCUGUUGCAUGUAAAUCAUGUCCCUGUGGUUACAUAUUUAUUAGCAGAAAACUUUUAAAUGCAAAACACCCAGAGAAAUCACCACCUUCUACAGGCAUUUGGGAAAUUCUCUUUCUUGCUUUUGAGUUCAGAAAACAAGCAUGAGGCCAAGAGGAGGCGAACAGAGAGAGUUAGGCGAGAGAAGAUAAAUUCUACAGUAAAUAAGGAUUUAGAAAACAGAAAGAGAUCUCGAAGUAACAGCCAUUCAGAUCAUAUCAGACGAGGAAGAGGAAGACCUAAAAGUGCAUCUGCCAAAAAACAUGAGGAAGAAAGAGAGAAACAGGAAAAGGAAAUUGACAUCUAUGCUAACCUCUCUGAUGAAAAGGCUUUCGUGUUUUCAGUCGCCUUGGCAGAAAUAAAUAGAAAAAUUAUCAAUCAAAGACUUAUUCUCUGAUAUUUGUCUGCAAAAUGUGUUGAAACUUUCUUCAGGAUUACAUCAGCAAAUUCUCAAACAGUUAUGGACUCUCAGGAGCAUUCUGACUGCAUCAGUAAGGGCCAUUCAUUGUUUUUUUCCCCCUAUCGUUUAGCCUGUGCCACACUUUGGGAGCAAAGCUGUAGGCUUGGACUAUUCUGGGAUUUCCUUGUCUACCAAGAAGUAUUGUCAGUGUUUUGUGUUUGGGAUAUAAGUAAGUGUAUUUACAAUACCCCCCCUGCCCCCCCCCAAAAAAAGCUGGAUGGCUAUUAAAGGAUAAAGGAGUAGGGGUGGGAGUGGAAGUGUGAAAACUA